ACAUGUGAGCAUUACUAGGCAUUUCAUCCUGCGGGUCUGCAGUCUUUGCUCUUCAGACUGUUGCUCCGUUGGAAUGCUUCUGUGGGACCGAUACUGAGGUUCUAUAGAUAUUUUUUAAGGACCUACUCAUUUGGGGAUGUCAGUGGUGUUUUGCAAGAUCAUCUGAGGAACAGGAAAGCAUUUGAAAUCUGAAAAGGAUAACUGUGGCAGUUUUCACAGUGGAAGGAAACUAUAUUGGCAAAGAGGCAGAUGAUUGAAUAAAGUAGUUGGCUCAAAGAAGAUGCACAGUCUGCUAUUUUUUUCUCUGAAUGAAGACUGUUUAAUGGAAGCUGUAUUCAUGUGGAGAGCAAUGGAAACACUGGAAUGAUAAACUACUAUGUUUUUUUUUUUCUCCCUCUUUUUUUUUUUUUUUUUAAAGAAAACAAAAAGCCUGAAGCAGUAAUUUGAGCUCAAAUGCCUUCUAAUUCCUUCACAGCCUGCUUGUUCUACUAGGAUUCUCCACUAACACCAUUUCUGCCUGGUGCCUGUGCCCUUUUGCUGGAGCAGCCAGACAACUGCCUGAUGGAGAAAGAAUGAACACUCUGCCUUGCUUAUGCUAUCGAUGGGAAUAAAGCUAACUGUGUUUCUUCUAUUAUAUGGGAAAUCUGGAUUAAUCAAGCUGUAUUCUAGUACCAAGAGUCGUAUUGUCUCUUGUGGUCUGACUCAUCACAUGUAAAUGUACUGCAGCUUUGCUAUUAAUGCAGAGUGGUUUUGGGUUUUGUUUUUGUUUUUGUUUUUUUUUUUUUUUUUUUUUUUUUGCCCCUUUCCCAAACACUGAAAGAAUUGUUAACCUCUGAGCUUCAUUUUCAGGAUUUAUGCUGAGCUCUAGAUCUUUUUUUCUGUGAAUAGUAUCUGCAUUAAACCAGUGAUGAAGAAAUGAAGACAAAUUAGAAGUGGAAACAGAAUAGUGAGAUUUUAUUUUUUAUUUUCAAUUAUAAGCAAAACAGCUACUGGUAACUAUAUGACCUUGCAGGCAAGAGUGGGUAUCGCUGUGAUCAUCUCUGUCACAGCAGUUGUUUCUCAUUUCAUUCUAUAUUGUGUGGUGUUGUGUCACCAAAAACAAUGAUUGUUUUGUGCAAGUAAAUUUCAGAGAUAGAGCAAUAAGACUAUUUUGGUAGAGGAAAAAUAUUUUUAAAUGAGCUUGGACUCAUUUUAGUUAUUGACAUGUUGGUGUGAAAUUUCUUCUUAAGUAUUGCAGUAAUCCAACAGAAAUAAUAGAAUUUCGUUAUAUUUAGGAAGUUACAAAUUAUGUAGUCAUAAUUUUAAACUUGUUUUUCCAGUAGUACUUAUUAACUUUAAAAAAAAAAAAAAAAACCCAGCUGUGCUGUUCAGAGAAUGUUUGUAAGUGUUGUACAGAAGAGGAGGAAAAACUACUUGUGCUCUUCCAACUGUGACUUUUAUCACAUAGCUUGGAAUUUAGUGUUUUAAAAGUUCGAAUGAGUCGAGUGUGUAUUGUUGUUUUGGAGGAGGUAGAAGAUGAAUCUCCUGCAUUCAUUUCUAAAUUGCCACAGGAAAAUAAAUCCCUACAUUCUCCACCUUCUGGAAAUGUAUUGGUAAGAUAUCCAUCACUGGUGCAAGCUAUAUUUAACGGAGAUCCCGAUGAAGUUCGAGCACUAAUAUUUAAGAAAGAAGAUGUUAACUUUCAGGACAAUGAAAAGCGAACCCCAUUGCACGCUGCAGCUUAUCUUGGAGAUGCAGAAAUCAUUGAACUUCUUAUUUUAUCUGGAGCUAGAGUUAAUGCCAAAGACAGCAAAUGGUUGACACCUUUACACAGAGCAGUUGCAUCUUGUAGUGAGGAAGCAGUUCAGGUACUUUUGAAGCAUUCUGCAGAUGUUAAUGCUCGAGACAAAAAUUGGCAAACCCCUUUACAUAUAGCUGCUGCUAAUAAAGCUGUAAAGUGUGCUGAAGCUUUGGUACCUCUGCUGAGUAAUGUAAAUGUAUCUGAUCGAGCAGGGAGGACUGCAUUACAUCAUGCAGCUUUCAGUGGACAUGGUGAGAUGGUCAAACUACUCUUGUCUAGAGGUGCCAAUAUUAAUGCUUUUGACAAGAAAGAUAGGCGUGCUAUCCAUUGGGCAGCAUAUAUGGGUCACAUUGAAGUAGUGAAAUUGCUUGUGUCGCAUGGAGCUGAAGUGACAUGCAAGGAUAAAAAGUCUUAUACACCUCUUCAUGCAGCAGCCUCUAGUGGAAUGAUCAGCGUAGUCAAGUACCUUCUAGAUCUUGGAGUUGAUAUGAAUGAACCAAAUGCCUAUGGCAAUACACCUCUUCAUGUAGCCUGCUAUAAUGGACAAGAUGUUGUAGUGAAUGAACUUAUAGACUGUGGUGCUAUUGUAAAUCAGAAGAAUGAAAAAGGAUUUACUCCUUUGCACUUUGCUGCUGCAUCAACACAUGGAGCAUUGUGUUUAGAGCUUCUAGUUGGCAAUGGGGCCGAUGUCAAUAUGAAGAGUAAAGAUGGGAAAACCCCACUACACAUGACUGCUCUCCACGGUAGAUUCUCCCGAUCACAAACCAUUAUCCAGAGUGGAGCUGUAAUCGACUGUGAGGAUAAGAAUGGAAAUACCCCUUUGCACAUAGCAGCACGGUAUGGCCAUGAGCUGCUGAUCAACACUCUUAUUACAAGUGGUGCUGACACUGCAAAGCGUGGCAUACAUGGAAUGUUCCCCCUCCAUUUGGCAGCCUUAAGCGGCUUUUCAGAUUGCUGCAGAAAACUUCUUUCUUCAGGAUUUGAUAUAGAUACCCCAGAUGAUUUUGGCAGGACUUGUCUACAUGCAGCUGCAGCUGGAGGGAAUUUGGAGUGCCUAAACCUUCUGCUGAAUACUGGUGCAGACUUUAAUAAAAAGGACAAAUUUGGGAGAUCUCCACUGCACUAUGCUGCUGCCAACUGCAAUUACCAGUGCCUGUUUGCUCUUGUGGGAUCAGGAGCAAGUGUGAAUGACCUUGAUGAAAGAGGCUGCACACCCCUGCACUAUGCAGCUACAUCAGACACAGAUGGCAAGUGCCUGGAAUACUUAUUAAGAAACGAUGCAAAUCCAGGGAUCCGUGAUAAGCAAGGAUACAAUGCAGUUCAUUAUUCAGCUGCUUAUGGUCACCGUCUAUGUCUUCAGCUGAUUGCAAGUGAAACUCCUCUAGAUGUUUUAAUGGAAACCUCAGGAACAGACAUGCUGAGUGAUUCAGAUAAUAGAGCAACAAUAAGCCCUUUACACUUGGCUGCCUAUCAUGGUCACCAUCAAGCACUGGAAGUGUUGGUACAGUCUUUGUUAGAUCUUGAUGUCAGAAAUAGUAGUGGAAGAACACCUCUAGAUCUUGCAGCUUUUAAGGGCCAUGUUGAAUGUGUGGAUGUACUCAUUAAUCAGGGAGCCUCAAUCUUAGUAAAAGAUUACAUUUUGAAGAGGACACCUAUACAUGCAGCAGCAACAAAUGGUCAUUCAGAAUGCUUACGGCUAUUAAUAGGAAAUGCAGAACCACAGAAUGCAGUGGAUAUUCAAGAUGGAAAUGGACAGACGCCUCUGAUGCUAUCUGUUCUCAACGGGCACACAGACUGUGUUUACUCAUUGCUGAACAAAGGAGCAAAUGUAGAUGCCAAAGAUAAGUGGGGAAGGACAGCGUUGCAUAGAGGGGCAGUUACAGGCCAUGAAGAAUGUGUAGAUGCAUUACUUCAACAUGGUGCUAAGUGCUUACUUCGGGAUAGCAGGGGCCGGACGCCUAUACACCUUUCUGCUGCCUGUGGACACAUUGGUGUUCUCGGAGCCCUUUUGCAGUCAGCAGCAUCUAUGGAUGCAAAUCCAGCCACAGCAGACAAUCAUGGAUAUACGGCACUUCACUGGGCUUGCUACAAUGGUCACGAGACAUGUGUAGAACUGCUUUUAGAACAGGAAGUUUUCCAGAAAACGGAAGGAAAUGCUUUUAGUCCAUUGCAUUGUGCCGUGAUAAAUGACAACGAAGGUGCUGCUGAGAUGUUAAUUGAUACAUUAGGUGCCAGCAUUGUGAACGCCACAGAUUCAAAAGGAAGAACUCCUCUCCAUGCAGCUGCCUUCACAGACCACGUAGAGUGUUUACAGCUGCUGCUCAGCCAUAAUGCUCAAGUCAAUUCUGUGGACUCUACAGGGAAAACACCUCUUAUGAUGGCUGCAGAAAAUGGACAAACAAAUACAGUUGAGAUGCUGGUUAGCAGUGCUAGUGCAGAACUGACUUUACAAGAUAACAGUAAAAAUACUGCCCUCCAUUUGGCUUGUAGCAAGGGUCAUGAAACUAGUGCCUUGUUAAUACUGGAAAAGAUAACAGAUAGAAACCUCAUCAAUGCAACCAACGCAGCCUUGCAAACACCUCUGCAUGUUGCUGCCCGAAAUGGGCUAACAAUGGUUGUUCAGGAACUUUUGGGAAAAGGAGCAAGUGUGCUUGCAGUAGAUGAAAAUGGAUCAGAGAAGGCAUCCCAAAAAAUGUGACUGCUAAGCCAAAAUCCAAAGGAUAAGGAGAAAGUGGGGGAGGAACUUUCUAAGCAAAGAGAGUGGCAUGUUAAGAGAUACAACUGGCCGGGCACAGUGGCCCACGCCUAUGAUCCCAGCACUUUGGGAAGCCAAGGCGAGUGGAUCACCUGAGGUCAGGAGUUUGAGACCAGCCCCGCAAACAUGGCAAAACCCUGUCUCUACUAAAAAUACAAAAAUUAGCUAGGUGUGGUGGCAUGUGCCUGUAAUCCUAGCUACUUGGGAGGCUGAGGCAAGAGAAUCGCUUGAACCCAGGAGGCAGAGGUUGCAGUGAGCCGAGAUCAUGCCACUGCACUCUAGCCUGGGUGACAGAGCCAGACUUCGUCUCAAAAAAUAACCCCCAUGCAGAGGAGAGGAGCCUGUUUUUAGUCAUAUUCUGACUAGAAAACACACCUGAAACAAGCUUCUUUCCCCACCCCCACUCUCAUCCAAGGCAUCCUGGCCUAUGUAAUGGGUUGUUCUGCCUGCCAGCAGCAGGAACAGCAGCAGGCACCUUUAGAAGAACCGUUGAAAGAAGUGUGGGCAGUGAAGCACUCCCCUAGCUACUUUGGACAAAUAAAAUUUAAUUAAAAAUACGGACAGCCUUCAGCCACUGCUGCCAAACUUGCAAGAACAUCAGUUGUUCUUUUUGACCCUUGACAAAAUGGGAACUUUACAAAGGGGGAAAAAAUUACUUUUUGUGGCUGGGCACAGUGGCUUACUCCUGUAAUCCCAGCACUUUGGGAGGCAGAGACGGGAAGAUCACUUAAAGCCAGCAGUUUGAGACCAGCCUGGGCAACAAAGCGAGACCCUGUAUCCACAAAAAAAUUUAAAAAUUAACCAGGCAUGGCAUGUGCUUAUAGUCCCAGCUAGUCAGGGGGCUGAGGUGGGAGGAUCACUUGAGCCCAGAGGUUGAGGGUGCAGUGAGCAUGAUCAUUACACUGCACUCCAGCCUGGGUGACAGAACAAGACCCUGUCUCAAAAAAAAAAAAAAAAAAUCCUUUUUUUAUCAAGGCCAAUAUAGCACAGAUGAAAAUAUGUGGGAGAACUGGAAGCAACCAGAUGCCCAAUAGUUGAAAUGUGUAACUAAACCAUAGUAUAAUCACACAAUGAAAUACUAUAUAACAAUGAAAAUGAACCAACUACAGUUACAUACAACAUUGAUAAAUCUCACAUAAUGCUACACAAAAAGCCAGAUAUGAAAUAAUACAUACUAUAUGAUUCCAUUUAUAUUAAGUUUUUUAAAAACUCUAAACUGUAGGCUGGGUAAGUUGGUUCACAUCUGUAAUCCCAGCAUCUGGGAGGCCGAGGCAGGCAGAUCACUUGAGGCCAGGAGUUUGAGACCAGCCUGGCCAACAUAGCGAAAUCCCAUCUCUACUAAAAAUAUAAAAAAUUAGCUGGGCGUGGUGGCACACACCUGUAAUCCCAGCUACUCAGGAGGCUGAGGCAGAUGAAUCACUUGAACCCAGGAGACAAAGGUUGCAGUGAGCCAAGUUUGCACCACUGCACUUCAGCUUGGGUGACCGAGCAAGACUCUGUCUCAAAAAAAAAAAAAAAAAAAAACCUACAGUGUUUAUGACUCCAAGUUGAAAGCAAGGAAAUUACUACCCCAUAAGUCAGGACAGUAGUUACCAUUGUGGAAGAAGAAAGGUAUAACGACUGGGUAGAGGAUAUAGUGGAGGCUUCUGGUAUGCUGGUAGUGUUCUCUUUCUUAAUCUGUAUGGUGGUUAUACAAAUGUAUGUUAUGUGAUAAAACUAUUAAAGUUCCAUAUAGUAUAAUUGAAGUUUGGCAUCACACUAUUCUCACUUCUCUCCCGCUCCAUCCUCAAGACUGAGUCUUGUGCCAACUGAGGUACCAAAUGUUUCCUCCUUGGUUUGCUGUGUUGACACUUUGUGGUAACUUAUGACUAAGGUCAGUUGUAUUCCGCUUAAAAAAAGAGAAUAUUUACAAAGGAAAUAUUUGUUUUGAUUUAGUAGUUUUUAAAGUUCAUCUGUUUAGUUUGUCUACUGUUUUUCUUCAAGAGACUGUGACCCCAAGAGAAAAGUUAAAUUGACAACUAAGUGUCAUUCAUUCAACACAUAUCUUUUGAGCACCUGUCCUGUGGCUGAUUCAUGAAACUGUACACAUUUAGAUUUCUUAGCAUCAAAAAGCUUCCUUACAUAACUACAAAUUAAAUUUUUUUAUUUUUUCUUAACACUGAUAUAACUGCAAAUUAACAGUAAAUCUCUGCUUACCAUCCUGAAAGAAUAUUCACUGAUGUAUGGUGUUUUUCUUAUUCUAGCCCAGUUUUUUCUGUGAAUUCAGAUGGAUACAGAUAAGUUGUGAGAACUUGGGGAAUCAUUCUUCUCUGGGCCUGCUUCCUCUUCUGUUGUCUAGUCUAACGUCUCCUUCCACCCUAGGUUUCUAUGGCUAUUCUUUUUCUACUUAUUAGAAACUUGCGAAUCAUCCUGGUUACAGCAAUUUAUUAUAAGCUAAGUAAUGUAAAAUAUGUCUAAAGUUGAAGUACUUUAGGCUUAUUUCCUUGUCUUUGGUGAAAUACGUCUCAGG